UAUUUAUAGUUUAUUAAAAGACUCACAACACAAUUCAACACGACACACAACAUACACUCCAUAAAAUUUCCACCCAACAUUUCAAAAUUUUGCAAUAUUUGAAUUUCAUUGCUAGCCGCAGACAUGUGUCUGGAGACCACAUCAACCAACAGCAAGACGCUGGCUCUGAUCACCCAAGGUUAUAAGGUGAUAGCCGAGUAUCAACUGAUCGAGCAGAUGCAGUUGAAGGGCAUUUAUGCUAUACCCAGCUAUUCCAGUGCCGUGCUUUGGUUCGGUGUGAUCUUUAUACACAGCGGUUUAUAUGCGGAUGGCAUCUUUCGUUUCUCCAUAUUGCUGCCGGAUCUCUUCCCGGAUGCAGUCAGUCUGCCCACAGUCAUUUUUGAGAAGGGCGUCUUUCAUCCGCAUAUCUGUACGAUCUCACAUAGUCUUGAUUUGACGCCUCUCUUUCAAUAUUGGAACAAGAAGGAGCAUCACAUUUGGCAUAUUCUUAAGUACAUUCAACUUAUAUUUGCCGAUCCGGAAGGCAGUGUCUGCAUGGGACUAUCAUCGAAUGGAGAACCCAUUCUUCUAAGCGACGUCAACAAUAUGGAGGCAAUGCGUCUACUAUCCCACAGCCGAGUAGACUAUUCUCUCCGUGUAAAAGCCUGCAUCGCUUCGAGCUUGGAGCAUAUGUUCGAUACUCCACCCAUUAAGGAUCCCCACUAUAUCAUCUUCAAGCGCUAUCAACCCGAAAUGCAUCGGGCAGUGAUGGCACGCCUCAAGAGCAAUAGUUGGUAUUCCUUAGCAGCUCCGUCGUCACAGCCUUCCGAGUGUGUGGCACGUAUCGAGUCGGAGCAGCAGUUGCGCCGGGAGGAGGCAGCUCAACGGGCAGGUCUUCUUGGCAAUAGUCAAAAUUAAGAAAUUAAUUAGUCUUCUAAAAAAAUGGGCAAGUCACCUAAAUUUCAUGUGUAGUGUAAAUUGUAAAUAUUUUAUCCAUUGACACUAACGGACUGUGGAAUUACACUGACAAAACCAUAAAAUAAAUAUGUAUGUAAAAUCUA